AGGAUGUUAUGCUAAGUGAAAUAAGGCAGACAGAGAAAGUCAGGUAUUUUCAACACUUGCUCUCUUCUGAAUCAUGUUUUCUGUCCUAUCAUUCAGUCGUGACUCUCCCGAAAAGAAGUUUUUAGGCAAGAAGGCCUGAUUGCUAAGCAGGACUGGUAACAUCUGAACAUAACAAACCAAACAAGCAAACUCUUGCACCAACACUACCACCACGUUUUACCACAAAAGAAUGCCACUGUACGUGGAUUCCAAGCAGGCUAAAAAGGAAAAGAGCUGAUUCGAUUUCAAACUGCCCACUGAACGGGAUGACAGCCACGGCCGCCGUGGAGACACCAAAAAUGGAGAAGAGUGCUUCUAAGGAAGAGAAGCAGCAGCCUAAGGAGGACAGCACAGAGCAGGGCUGUGCUGAUUCUGAAGAGUGGAUAAGUUCUGAGAGUGACCCUGAACAGAUGAGCCUUAAGAGUGUCAACAUCAAUGACAACAGCUUCCAACCUGGAGAUGCUCAAUUGAAGAAAAAGGAAAUUCCCUCCAAGCCACACCGCCAGCUCUGUAGAUCACCCUGCCUAGAUCGUCCAAGCUUCUCCCAGAGCAGCAUUCUACAGGAUGGGAAGCUUGACUUGGAAAAGGAAUACCAAGCCAAGAUGGAUUUUGCUCUAAAGCUGGGCUAUGCAGAGGAACAGAUUCAAUCAGUGCUGAACAAGCUCGGCCCAGAAUCACUUAUUAAUGAUGUAUUGGCAGAGCUUGUCAGACUUGGGAACAAAGGUGAUUCGGAAGGGCAGGUCAACUUGAGUCUGUUAGUGCCUCGGGGGCCCAGCUCCAGAGAGAUUGCAAGCCCUGAACUGUCUCUUGAAGAUGUAAUAGACAACAGUGACAAUUUGAGGCCAGUUGUCAUUGAUGGAAGUAAUGUGGCAAUGAGCCAUGGGAAUAAAGAAGAGUUCUCCUGUAGAGGAAUACAACUUGCUGUGGAUUGGUUUUUAGAUAAAGGCCAUAAAGAUAUUACUGUAUUUGUGCCUGCAUGGAGAAAGGAGCAAUCCCGCCCUGAUGCACCAAUUACAGAUCAAGAUAUCCUACGUAAACUGGAGAAGGAAAAGAUUCUUGUCUUCACGCCAUCCAGAAGGGUCCAGGGCAGGAGAGUCGUCUGCUAUGAUGACCGGUUCAUAGUCAAACUGGCUUUUGAUUCUGAUGGCAUCAUUGUCUCCAAUGAUAACUACCGGGACCUUCAAGUAGAAAAGCCAGAAUGGAAGAAGUUUAUAGAGGAGCGGUUGCUGAUGUAUUCUUUUGUGAAUGACAAAUUUAUGCCUCCAGAUGAUCCUUUAGGGCGCCAUGGCCCAAGCCUUGAAAAUUUCUUAAGAAAGAGACCCGUUGUUCCUGAGCACAAGAAACAACCAUGCCCUUAUGGCAAAAAAUGUACCUACGGCCACAAGUGCAAAUACUACCAUCCGGAGCGGGCCAACCAACCCCAGCGUUCGGUGGCUGAUGAGCUCCGCAUCAGUGCCAAACUGUCCACAGUGAAAACCAUGAGCGAAGGCACCUUAGCCAAGUGUGGCACAGGGCUGUCUAGUGCCAAAGGUGAGAUAACCUCAGAAGUCAAACGUGUGGCCCCCAAGCGCCAAUCAGAUCCCAGCAUUCGGUCCGUGGCUGUGGAGCCUGAGGAAUGGCUGUCCAUUGCCCGUAAGCCUGAGGCCAGCUCUGUCCCCUCACUUGUGACCGCCCUAAGUGUCCCCACAAUCCCACCCCCCAAAAGCCAUGCAGUAGGUGCACUCAAUACCCGUUCAGCCAGCAGCCCAGUGCCAGGAUCUUCUCAUUUCCCCCACCAGAAGGCUUCGUUAGAGCACAUGCCCAGCAUGCAGUAUCCCCCCAUCCUGGUUACCAACAGCCAUGGGACCUCUAUUAACUAUGCUGAGCAAUACCCAAAGUUUGAGUCCUUGGGGGACCACAGCUAUUAUUCAAUGUUAGGCGACUUCUCCAAACUGAAUAUCAACAGCAUGCAUAAUCGAGAGUACUACAUGACUGAAGCAGACCGGGGGGUGUAUGCCCGGAAUCCCAACCUGUGUUCUGACAGUCAUAUGAGCCAUACCAGAAAUGACAACUAUUCCUCUUACAACAACCUAUACUUGCCUGUAGCUGAUACCCAUCCUGAAGGCAGUUUGAAGCUGCAUCGCUCAGCAUCUCAGAACCGUCUUCAGCCUUUUCCUCAUGGUUACCAUGAAGCCUUAACAAGAGUGCAGAGCUAUGGCCCAGAGGAUUCUAAGCAAGCCCCCAACAAGCAGUCAGUUCCCCAUUUAGUUCUGCAUGCCCAGCACCCAGCAACUGGGACACGCUCCAGCUGUCCUGGAGACUACCCCAUGCCUCCCACUAUCCACCCUGGGGCAACCCCACAGCCAGGACGUGCCCUGGUGAUGACUCGGAUGGACAGCAUUUCUGACUCUCGCCUGUAUGAGAGCAACCCCAUGAGACAAAGACGACCUCCUCUUUGCCGGGAACAACAUGCCAGCUGGGACCCACUGCCCUGUGCAACUGACUCUUAUGGCUACCACUCCUAUCCCUUGAGUAACAGCCUCAUGCAACCAUGCUAUGAGCCAGUCAUGGUACGGAGCAUGCCUGAAAAAAUGGAGCAGCUUUGGAGGAAUCCUUGGGUUGGAAUGUGCAAUGAUUCCAGGGAGCAUAUGAUCCCAGAGCACCAGUAUCAGACCUACAAGAACCUCUGCAAUAUUUUCCCUUCAAACAUCGUCCUUGCAGUAAUGGAGAAGAAUCCCCAUACAGCAGAUGCCCAGCAACUGGCAGCCUUGAUUGUUUCUAAGCUUAGGGCUGCACGUUGACGUAACAUAGAACUUAUUCCUAUAAAUAUAAAUAUUAAUACUAAUAAUGCACUAAUACUAUGAUAAUAGUAACUAAUAAUUUUGUGUCGCGCUUUACAAGCUACAGAGUAUUUAUGUCAUUGAAGUGCAUAACAACCCUGUGAGGUAAGUCUUACUAAUGUCUUGUUUUAUAGACAAGGAAAUUGAAGCUCAGUGAAAUUAAGUGACUUGCCAAGGUCACACCGCUAGCAAAGGACCAAGUCAGGACUCUUAUCCAAGUCCUCUGACUCCAAGUUCCAUGCCCUUUUGCACGGCACUGUGCAGGUAAUGGAGGACAAAACCCAGGGGGAGAGGCCUAAAUGCAAGAAACCCCAGGGCUUCCAUUACCAGUGUUUUCUUAGUCACACAUUCUAUAUUACAGAGUAAGAAUGAUACAUCUAAUUUAGAGAGCAAGAGCAUCAAGAUCAGAUCAUAUGUUGAAUUAACCUUUUAAGAUUUUUAAUAGGAAUAUUUAAAGCUAUUUAAAAGUAAAUGCACACUUUAUUGCAUGGAUAUCUGACCAUUCAAUAUCUUUGUUAACCAAGCUAUAGGGUCAUAUCGAAGCUUCUAGAGCUACAUUUUAAACCUAUUAUUAGCAGUUAUAUUGCAUGUAUGACUGUAUGUAUUUAGUCAAGAUGUGUAUCUCUGUAUAAUCUUUUAUAUGGUGGUGAUAAGAAGAUAGUCUCAGCACAGUCCUUAGUCUACAGCUGUAUAGAUCACAAAUCUGACUGGAUGAUUUAUGUCACAUUUCAUAAUUUCAACUAGUUUUGAAAGUGAAAUUACAUGCCAAUAUUUGAAUAUUGCUUUCUUAGUCACCACAGCAAGCUAGCUCUAUGUCCCUUGCACUUUUUACUUGUCAAGAUUUAUUGACAGAUUUUCACUCUCUUCACCUCAGCAAGUUAGGGAUAAGAUUGCAGCCUUCUUCCACAGAGAAGCUGAUGGAUAAGCUCAAGUUCCAGGCAUAGUAGCUGUGUGCUAGAUUAGCGCAGAAGUAUUUGACCAGGACCAGGGGAUUUACUACCACAGUUGGUUUCCCUUAUCCCAAUAGCGAUGGCCAAACUCAUGAAGCAUUAAAUGAUGAACACAAAAGCUGCACUCAAGGAGGGUCUAAUGGAUGCUCUUUGGACUUCUGACCUACGCAGUAUUCAACAUCACAGGAUGAAACGUAAUGCAGGACAGGGCAUAGCCAUGCAAUCCACUUUGUCUUGCAAUCCACCCUUUGGGCAAUAAGGUCGAUCAUUGGUGCAGCAGAAUAUUUUUAGGAAACAAAACCAGGGGAUUUUCUAUGUGGAAAAAGGCAUCCUCCAAAAGGGGAUGCAGCUUCCAAAAGGGGAUGUUACAUCUUCGCUAAUAGCUGGCUUAGUUAUGCACUUCAAAUCCAUGCGAAGAGGGUGCACUUGCCCUUGGAUAACGCAUUACUAAAGAUGGCAGGACUUUGGGUUGAGCAGAGCCAUUUGUUCAACUUGUAUCUUGCUCAGGGUGGGAACCUUUGUAGCUAGAUGCCUCCAGAAGAGGCAUUUAUUGUUUUUGGUUCUUUUUAAGCUGCACUAAAUAAACCCCCUUUUUGAGCCCAUUGUAUAUUUCAACAUUUUGAACCAUGACCAGCUCACUAUUUCUUGAGCUGGAACUUGCUAAUUUCUAUGGUAGUUUUUCAUGAAAGUUGAGAAGGCCUGGUCUUGGCCUUUUGUUUCUUCAUAAGAAGGUGUGACACUACCUAUAAAUGUUUCUUACUGUGAAACACUCCCAAUGCGAGGCUGUAGUCAGGGUUGUUUCUGGCAGUUUGAUAAUGGCUUGCAUGCUGCUUUUCUGGCUUUCUGUCUCUGUCUUAGUUGAUAAAAACUGCAUCUCAAUUAAUGUUUUUCUCUAGUUAACCAUAGCUUCACAUUUAUCUCCUACCCUAUGAUUUUUCCAUCCCGCAACAUACUGAGGUGUAAAAGUAUUUUCUACCAGUGACCAUAGAGAGUGACAGUUGCCACUGAAGUGCUUGCCAUUUCACACAAAUGCCAUUUCAUACCUUCAACUUCUUGGAUCUUCUAAAUUUGUCCCAUGUCUAAAUCAGGGUAUUUGACAAUCUUAGAUGACUCUGCCUUUGUGCCAGUUAGUUCAUACCUCCUAUCAAAGUCAUCAAUGGCACCACAGUAUCCAGUAGCUGUACAAUUUACAGAGAAGCACAAGAUUAAUCUUGUCAACUGCAAUUCAUCUUGAACAUGUUCAUGUUUAGUAUUAAAAAAAUUCUAAGUUCCUCUCAAUACAGGAAAUAAUUUUUAAGGCAGUGUAUGUAUUUCUUAUUUCCUGUAACCAUUGUCAUUCCUCUCUUCUCAUAAAAUGUAUAUGAAACAAAGCAGCUAGGAGCAAUGCCUCAAAUAACCAGAAAUGACCUUUUGUUGAUACAAAUUGUAUCUCCUUUUUUCCCGAUUGUAUAGAAACAAAUGUACAAAACUCAUCUGAAACUAGGUUUGGUACAUUCUUUUCACCAUGAUGUUUGUGGCACUGUGUGUCACAAGGAAGUAGCCCGGGGGUCAUGAAGGAGCUUUUAUUUCCAAAGGACAGUAGUAGUUUAUAGACAAUUUUUCAAGGCCUUUUUAUUACUAUGUGCACAGCUAUUAUGUGUACAGUUUCAAGCAUUAUAUUACAUAAGUUCUCUUUAGCCUAUUAAAUUUAAUAUGUCCUUGCAAAAGGUAUUUUGUGUAAAAAGUGUCAAUGUUAGUGAAUCAUCUGCAAGAAUCUACAAAUGGAGCUGUACAAUUAUGAAUGCUUAAAUCCAGCUUGGUUCUUAGUAAAGUUAUUAGAGAAACAUCUUCUUUAUAUUGAGGUCUGCACAUUUUUUGACUUUUCCAUUUUGUCUGUAAUUAUAAAACAGCAAAUACAAAGAAGCAUUGGGACUCACUGGGCUCCCUUGAUAAUAAAAGCAAGCUUCCUUUCCUGGGGUUAAGGGUGUGUCCUUCAGUAUGCUUACCUCCAAGCACUCAGCAGGGAUUACUGCACAGUGUUUUGUGUGGUUUUCAAGAAGCAUUAUCUUUUAUAGGAGAUGCUUUGUAAUUUUUAUUCUUUCACUGAGUUUUUGAACUCAUAGCAAGUCUAUGCCUUUUCAGGCCUUAGAUUUUAUGAUUUCUUUCUUGUUGUGAUUUUGUUAUUGUUUUUACUUUGACCUAAAGAAGUGUGACUCUGGAGUGGCAUGGUCAAUCAAGGGCACUGUUUCUGUAAGACAGCUAAAAGGAAAAGGAGACUUUUCAAAGGUAACAUACAGCCAUUGCACUCUCUCUUAAGGUGCAAGGUAUAGAAGGGAGAAUGACGGAGGCCUUAUGGAAAUGGCCUAUAAAACUUUUCUUCUUCUAAAUAAUGAAACACAUGCACACACACACACACACACACGUAUGUGUGUGUGUAUAUAUAUACGUUGAAUAUGUGUAUAUUCUCUCCCCUCCCCUCUCUGGUAGUUUCCAGGAGAAUACUUCUAAAACCCAUUUUUUCUACUUUAGAAUAAAUUAUAUUUAUACAGUAAUUCAAACAUUGAUAUCCAUUAACCUUUGGCACUGAGUUUUCUUCUAACAUAGAAGAGUUCAUUUGAAGAGGCACUCAGUGACAGUUUAAUCUCUGCUCUAAGUAUGAGACUUUGUACAAACACCCUUUUUGUGGGCCAAGAAUUUCAAUACACUUUGUUUUAUUCUGCGAACCAGGUCUGGAGCUACACAGGGAAAGUAAUGUCAAACUGUGCAAAGAGCACUUCUCCGGUCUCCUCCUAACCCUUCUCUGCCUUCCCCUAGUUUGCUUCUCUUUAUGUCUGACACUGAGGAGUGCAUAGUCUUCAACUGAAAUGGCACUACAGUUAGUUUUCAAUGGAAACCAAACCAGUAUAUUUCAGGAAGCUGCUUGUCUAAAGUUGUCGAUGCUUUUGGAAAGACUCAGCAUAUUCAAUAUCUAUCAUGUUGUAGCUAGCUAUAUACAUAGGCAGAUUGACUAUUUUUAAUCCUGUUUUGUGUAUCAUUGAGCUAUAGUAGUUUGCUUUAUCCAUUUGUGGGAUUAAACAAUAUUGUUUAAUGGUUGUAAACUUUUAUAAAACCUCUUUGGGUUUUUUGUUUGACCCAAAUAUAAUGUAAGUCUCAAUGACAAAAUACACAAAGCCAAACAGAGGUAAGUGAAAAUAUAUCCUGUCCCCAGUUUUGUCUGGCCCUAUAAUGCACGUGCAGUGCUUUGCAAUAUGUUUUCACUAGCAUGAAUGUGCUAUGACUACUUCAUGAGGUUUUAAUUUGUUUUACCUAUAAUCAUGAUGCUGUAUCAUCGGCAACAAUGAACUGUAACUAAAUUUAUUUAUUGUAUAAACUAUUUGUCUACUAACCACUAAUGGCUCUGUUUCUUUAAGAACAUCAACAACCAAAGCCAUACCACAUCUACAUAUAUACACACCCUACUUCGCUCCUAAAAGAUUCAACUACCUUCCUUGGGACUUGCAUCUUGAGAUAAGCUAUAAAGGGAGCGAUCUCUCCAAAUGAGUUCAUCUGAAUUUUAUCACAGUAAGCAUAUGCCUUCUUAU